GUUCCCCCGUCUCAUAAUAAUGAGGCAAAAGAGGUCAACCGAUUACUCGGCAACCAACUGAAUUUCCAACUGAAAUUUCUCCCUCGUUGGGGCUUUAAGCUUUAAAAACAACUCUGCGGACGGGCACACCAGCUAACUUGGACUGCCCUUCCCAGUUUGCAAACCCAAAGAAAGCUUUGACUCCUUUUCACUCGUUUAUAGGCUCGCUCCUGAGGUUUUUGCUUAACAGUUUGGAGCCGAGUUUGGGAUAUGAAGCGACCUAGACACCUCCUGCGGAUCUCUGGACCUGCAGAAGCGAGCACCGCAGCCCGGGGUUGCUUCUCUUCCGGCGGCUCCUAUAAUCCCGGGCUGGGAGUGGGGGAUGACAGGUGCUUAUAUUCCAGUAGAUUACAACUUGAUUGUGUUACACCUUGAAAUUCUUCGAUACAGUUGUGCUUAAAUUUGAUGGUGGGUGUCUGGUGGUUUUCUUAAGCCACUCAUUUUCUGAUUAAUCCUUACAAGUGGAUGAUUUUUGCAACUGGUAUCUUCAAUGUAAUCUUAUCCUUAGAAGCAACCUCACCACGUAAGUGCUCUUACUCCCCGAGCAGGAAGCUGAGGGUUAAGUAAUCUGCCAAGCCUGCAACGCUGCCUAAGGGGAGGAGCCCAGGAAUCGGCCAAGUGCACAGCGCAGGGAUUCUCCAUUUUAUUGAGAGUCAGAUGCCACACACAGGUCCUGGUGACAACCGACCCGGGAGUUGUGCGCGACCCGGGCCUCCCGACUCCCGCGCGCAGCCACCAACAGCAGUCCUCUGUUUUGCCGUGGGCUUCCCAAAGUAUCCCCCACCCCCCAUCCCCCAACCCCACAGAGACCCGGAUAUUCCUCCACGUACAAUGCAAAUUCUAUGGCUGGAAAGCGUGAGCACAGAAGAAAAAGUUGUGGGCUUUUCACCUUGCUUUUCCAGACUCGCUGUGGAAACUCCGCUGCGUCUCCAUAGAAACCCGGCGGCGGUGGCGGCCGUCACCGGGGGCGGGGCUCAGGCGGAGGCCCCUCCCCCUCCCCGGUUUGCAACCCCUCCCAGCCAGGAGAAAUCGCGGUCACCCUUAACCUCUGCGUUCCUCUUCUCGGCUGCCCUCCCUUUCUGUUGUCUUUUCGUGCCCCAAACCACAUCCUGGAGGCCGCCCUCCUGCACGGUUCUCAGCGGGGCCGGUGCACCAGGCGUCCGGGCCCGGGAGCCGUAGCGCUCGGCCUCUCUGUCCCGGGCCCACCCCUCGGCCGCGCUGAUUGGCCGCUCCUGGGCCACCCUCCGUCCCCGGGCAGGCAGGGUCUCAGCCUGCGGAAAGUUUUCUGCGCCGGGAGGAAGUUAGACUUUUGGAGAUUGUGAGAAAGCAGUUCUCGUGGCUGCAGGGUUCUGGGCGACCAUGGAGGAGCCCCCUUUGCGAGAGGAGGAAGAGGAGCAGGGGGAAGAAGAGGAGGAAGAAGGAGACGAGGCUGGGCCCGAGGGGGCUUUGGGCAAGAGCCCCUUCCAGUUGACCGCCGAGGACGUGUAUGAUAUCUCCUAUGUGAUGGGCCGCGAGCUGAUGGCCCUGGGCAGCGACCCCCGGGUGACACAGCUGCAGUUCAAGAUCGUCCGCGUUCUGGAGAUGCUGGAGACGCUGGUGAAUGAGGGCAACCUGACCGUGGAGGAGCUGAGAAUGGAGAGGGACAGCCUCAAGAAGGAGGUGGAGGGACUGCGGACAGAGGGCUCAGCGGCCGGCAGGGAGGUAAACCUGGGACCAGACAAAAUGGUGGUUGACCUGACAGAUCCCAACCGGCCACGCUUCACUCUACAGGAGCUAAGGGAUGUGCUCCAGGAGCGCAACAAACUCAAGUCCCAGCUGCUGCUGGUGCAGGAAGAGCUGCAGUGCUAUAAGAGCGGUCUGAUUCCACCAAGAGAAGGCUCAGGAGGACGAAGAGAAAAAGAUACCCUUGUCACCAGGCCCAGCAAUGCCAGAAGUAACAAGGAGGAGAAGACCAUCAUAAGGAAGUUGUUCUUUUUCCGAUCAGGGAAGUAGACACAGCUCUAAGGCCACGACUAAGGCAGAGGGUCUCGGACUCAACAAGGCAACGCGCCAAGACUCCCAGACACAUCUCUCGGUGCCACAUAUAUGCACCGUCAUCGCUCAUUUGUUUCCCCUGAAAGCCACCAAGGAGGAAGGAGGGGAGGCGCUCUCAUGCUCACUGUCUGCCAGGCUGCAGAACUGGACACCCCUGGGCGCUUGGCCUGGGCAAGGCAGGAGAAGGAAAGCAAAACAAGACCCAAUUCCUGCUCCAUUCCGCCUCGCUGGGGGGGGGGGGGGGCCCCUCCAGUGUGCGCAUGCGCCUUCCACUUGUCUGGUCCCCAGGUGACCCUCGUCUCUACCGUGUGGCAGCAGUAAAAAUGCAUGAGCCCACAGGGAGAGGGGAGGAGGGAACGCAGGAGAAAAUGGUAAUGACAUUCCAGUGAUUUCAUGGAUAUGUAGUGAAUAUUCGAUUUUGCUUCACGUGACUUUACAUGAUUUUGUAUCAAAGUAAAACGACUUUUAUACUUUC